CGUGUGCGCGUUCAGCUCUUCCUGUGAGUCUGUUCAGUUGCGCGCGCGGCAGCUGUUGUAGUCGGUAACCGGAACAAACAUGUUAAUCAUCAGUAACCGGGUCAAAUUAUGUUCGCUGGCGUUUACCGCGGCGCGCAUGUACGCCACCGGAGCUCAAGCCAACACCAACCCGGUGGUGUUCUUCGACAUCGCGGCGGAUAACGAGCCGCUCGGCAGGGUCACCUUCGAGCUGAAUGCAGAUGUUGUGCCCAAAACAGCAGAGAAUUUCAGAGCGCUUUGCACAGGUGAACAUGGAUUUGGAUACAAAGGCUCCAUCUUCCACAGAGUGAUUCCACAGUUCAUGUGUCAGGGAGGAGAUUUUACAAACCACAACGGAACUGGAGGAAAAUCCAUCUAUGGAGCGAGAUUUCCUGACGAGAACUUUAGACUGAAACACACAGGACCAGGUAUUCUCUCUAUGGCUAACGCUGGACCCAACACAAACGGAUCCCAGUUCUUCAUAUGCACUGUUAAAACGGAGUGGUUGGAUGGACGGCACGUGGUGUUCGGCAGCAUUAAAGAAGGGUUGGAUGUGGUGAGGAAGGUUGAAGCUUUGGGUUCUCGAUCUGGUAGAACCGCCAAGAGAAUCAGCAUCACCAACUGCGGAGAACUCAAGUAGAGAGUUGAGAGAACAAGUCGAGUCAUUUCAUACGCUGAAACUGUUGCUGAAGAUUUACAGACUACUGAGUGUUCGAAAGAGCCAAAAGCUCCAUAAUGUGAAAUUAACUCACUUUUGGGUUAAAGGGAAAAGGUCACACACAAAUGAAAAUAAUGUACUCACCCUCAUGUUGUUCCAAACCCAUAUACUGUUAGCACAAAGGAGAAUUGUUGAAGAACUUUUCCAUUCAGCGAUGGCUUUAUUUCAGAAAUGCGUUUCCCAAUUUUCCUUUUGUUUUGCAUGGAAAAAUAACAGGUUUGCAUUGACAUGAGGGUGAGUAAAUAAUGAUUGACUUGAUAUUUUUGAAUGAACUAUUCUUAUAAAAAAGAUCCACUGUGAAAAUGUCAUAUAAAAACGUCCUUCUUGGGCAAUAAUGCAUGUUGGGAUUUAAAUCGUAAUUUGUUUUGUUAUGCAUGAGAGGUUACGUUUUUAUCGCACAAGUUUAAAGUAAUAAAGAUAAGAGCAGUAAGCAA